UGAGCCCAGGGGCUCAGGCCUUUCCCAGGGUGCCCUGGAGCAGAGCAGAGGGUGGACACACACACACACACACACACACACACACACACAGAGUUUGGUGCUAGGAGAGUCCUGGGAAGAAAACAGAUUCUUGGGAUCCCUAUCCCAUGCCUCCAGAGGGGAGAGGGGAGCACAGAUAAGAGCAAUGCCUUCAGGCAGCUGAGAGAAAAGGAUUGUCAGUUGACCCAAAACUCCUACCGGGGGAUCCAGGCCGACAAAGGGAAUCUGAGAGCAGGCUGUGAUCAGGGGUGGAAGAAGCCAUGAGUGCCCGGGCCACACGGCCCCGAAGUCGCCGAGGGAGGCAUCCUCCACCCGGGGAGCUGGAUCCAGUGGCUGAGAGUUCAGAGGAGGCAGAGGCCACCAGUGGGAGAUUCGAAGCCAAACUCGGGCUGCUUCCGGAACACCUUAGUCCUGACCUGCAGAGACCCGGGAGCCGGUCUGAGGAUGAUUAUUGUGUGGGAUCCCAUGGGGCCCUAGCCUUGAAGCCAGAAGAAGGGUGCAAGGCUGAGGUGGAAAGCCCCCAGAGCCCGCAGGCAGCCACCCCGGAUACUGAGACGUCAGUAGCCAGCGUGUUCCAGACCCUGCAGAGCAGGCUGAGCUCCCUUGAGGCCACCGUGGCCGCCUGGCGCCACCACUCCCUAAGCUUUGCAAGGCCAGCGGAAGGAGAAGACAGUGGCCAGGGGGCACCUGGGUCCUUUGGUGAGGAAGAAGCCGGAUCUGGACAGCAGGAGGCAGCUCGCCUCAUAGAGAGGAACGCCUGGCUCAGGCUGGCCCUGGGCAGCCGGGAGGAGGAGUUGGUUUGCGCUCAAGCUUCCCUGCAGGAUGCCCGGGCAGAGAAGGAGACCCUGCAGAGACAGGUGCAGGAGCUGGAGGAUUCCCUGAUGCACCUGGAGGCUUCCCUGCCCACUCCCCUCCUCAGAGCAGGGUGUACAAACAGCAGCAACUCCAGCAGUUCUGGGGCAGAAGGGCAGCCCUGGGCACCUCAGGAUUCCCCGUUGGCUCACCCUCUUCUCCAACGCCUCCGGAGUGACUCCAGCACCCACAUCUUUGAGUGCCUUUCCACACAGCCUUCAGCCCCCGAGAUGCACCUCAUGGAGGACCAGAUGGGGCAGCUCCAAGGAAGCAUUGAGAAGUUGAAGUGCUUCAACCGCCUUCUGUUGGCUGUGCUCCAGGGUCACAAGGGCCGCUGUGAGAGCCUUAGUAUGCAGCUGGGUCAGCGGGAGGCUGAGGUCACAGCCCUGCGCCUGGCCCUGCAAUACAGCGAGGAUUGUGAGGAGGCAUAUGGAGUGCUGCUCACUCUGAGGACUGCUGGAGCUGGAGCUGGAACCAGCAAGAGUGACCUGCAGGCUGCGGAGACAGAGGCAUCUAGGCUGCUGGUGGAGAAGGAAGCCGCUAUGGAUGGAGAAAUACCCUGGCCCAGCCCUGAGGGCAGCAGUGUGGACAAGCCUACACCACAGGAACUGGUUGCUCAGCUCCAUGGCUAUAUCCAGCAUCUCCGGGAACGCUGGGCUCUGGUGAAGAUCCCCCCAGCACUCAGCCCUGACACCACACCCUGGCCCACUAUGCCCCACGCAGAAGCAACAGUGCAGGCCAUUCUGGAAAUACAGCCUGGCCCAGCCCUGCCCCGGCUAGAGAAGUCUCAGAUCCAGCAGGACCUGGUGGCUACUCGGGACAGUCUGGCGGACUUGGUGCUGCGGCUGCAGCUGUCCCGGCGAGAGAAGCGCGGGCUAGAGCUGCGGGAGUCGGCGCUGAGGGCCCAGGGCCCCGCCCACCUGCUGCUACUGCAGCAGCUUCGCUGGGAGCGGACUCACCUGGCUGGAGAUGGCAGCAGAGGAGGCAGCAGUGAGGACCCGAGCAGCGAAGAGGAGGACGACGAGGAGGAUGGACAGCAACACUACCAGGGCCCUCCUGCCCUCUCCGAUGGCCAGAUGGGCAGAGCAUGGGAUUCUGAGACCUUAUCCCAGGAACUGUCGGCAUCCCUCGCCCGGACAGCGGGCCUUCGGGCACAGCUGCAAUCCCUGCGGCAACAGCUGGAACAGGUGGCUCAGAAGGGCCGAACCAGACGUGCUCAGAGUGCAGAGCUGAACCGAGAGCUGUGCAAGGCUCACAGCUCCCUGGUCUUGGCCUUCAGAGGAGCCCACCAGAAGCAGGAAGAGCAGCGCCGGAAGUUGGAGCAGCAGAUUGCUCGGAUGCAGGCCCAGCAGGCAGAGGAGCUGACGGUGUUGGCAGCCACCGCCAGAGCUCUGGAGAAGCCCGGGACUCCACAGCCAGGCCAGACUUUCCUGUAGGACCCAGACCAAACUUGCAUGUAACAUUCAGCUGUGGCAGGCAUGCCAUAGAAUGUCUUGUCAUGUGCUGCAGAGAUGGCUCAGCGGCUCUUGCAGAGGACCUGGGUUCAGUUCCUGCUCUCCACAGCCAGUGCCUGUAAUGUCAACAAGGAGGAUCUGUCGCCCUCUUCUGGACGCUACAGGCUCUACAGUAAUGCACACAUACACACUCUUAAUGAGUAAAGCAUCCUAUUGUGUCCUUUGUCCCUUGUGGCCAGACCACCUUCUGAGGAGGUGCUGAGUUUCCCAAAGGGGGACAGAAAUGGGAAGCGUUCAGGUUAGAGGUGUUCCCAGGGGUGCUGGGGAAGAGGACUCCCAGACUGCUUUGAGACUGCAUUUAGAGGAAGAAAAGGGUGGGGUGGUUGCUCAUAAGUAGGUCAUGAGCUUGAAGCCCUCAGAGUUGCCUCUGCCUGCCCAUCCCACCAGCCUGUGCUGAGGAGGCACUGGGUUCCCUCUCCAGCACCGCACAAAGGGAAGUCUGUCCCUGCCUGUAAUGCCGCACUCGGGUUCAAGGCUUUCCUCGACUACACAGUAAGCUUAAGGUCAGCCCGGACUACAUGAGACAGCAUCUAAUGAUGAUGAUGAAGAAUGAACGAGGAGCUGGAGACGUGGCUCACUGUUGCACUUGCUGCUCUUGCAAAGGACCUUGGUUCCAUUCUCAGUAUAGUGGCCCACAACUGUUCAUCACUUCAGUUCCUGAGGAUCCAACGCCCUUAUCUGGUCUCUGUGAGUCACACACAUGGUACACAGACACAAAUGCAAGAAAUCACACAUUCAUCUAAAUAUUAAAAAAAAAU